CCCUGUCCCUGGUCCUGACGCACUGCCGUAAAGCGCGGCGCUGUCGUACAAAGGCGGGCAGCGAUGGCGGCCGUGACGGUGCGGGCGGCGGAGCCCGGAUGGGGCGAGGGGCCCGUGAGCACCGGCACGACCAUCAUGGCGGUGGAGUUUGACGGAGGUGUCGUCAUCGGGGCCGACUCGCGCACCACCACCGGGGCGUACGUGGCGAACCGGGUGACGGAUAAGCUGACGCCGGUGCACGAGCGCAUCUUCUGCUGCCGUUCGGGCUCCGCUGCCGACACUCAGGCCGUGGCCGAUGCCGUCGCCUACCAGCUCGCCUUCCACAGCGUGGAGCUGGAGGAGCCGCCCCGUGUCCGCACGGCCGCUCGCCUCUUCCAGCAGACGUGUUACCGCUACCGUGAGGAGCUCAGCGCUGGCAUCAUCGUGGCCGGAUGGGACCCACGGCGUGGGGGGCAGGUGUACGUGGUGCCGCUGGGGGGGAUGCUCCUGCGCCAGCCGUUCGCCGUGGGGGGCUCGGGCAGCUCCUACAUCUAUGGGUUCCUCGACGCCGCCUUCCGGCCCGGCAUGAGCCGCACACAGUGCCAGGAGUUCGUGGCACAAGCGCUGGCGCUGGCGAUGGCGCGGGACGGCGCGAGCGGGGGGGUGGUGCGGCUGGCGGCCAUCACGGCGGACGGCGUGGAGCGCAGCGUGUUGGCCGGCCCCGCGCUGCCGGGGGGCGAGGGGGGCCCCUCCGUCUGAGCACCCCAAAAUCGGGGCGAGAAACACCUCGGGGU